AUGAUUGGAUUUAAAUCUCUGUAUUUAUCUUUUAAAGUUCCAGAGAACUGCAUAACUGGCAUCUCUGGCACCCAAAAAAAAAAAAAUGCAACGGGCCUCUGGGCGCGGGUGGAUUUCGCGUCAAAACAAAAUGAGCAUAACUUCCGAGCGCUGAAGCCUGAAAUCGACGCUGCUAUUUUCGUGGCUUCCAUGGAUGACGGCGCCUUUGUUUCAUCGCCGGACGUGGAAACGUUCCUCUGUGAAUUAUUACUGGAUUCCACGCAACCGAUUUCUGAGCGCUUCAGAGCUCUCUUCUCUCUCCGCAAUCUCAAAGGCCCCUCUCCUCGCAAUGCCCUUAUUCUCGCCACAAGGGAUUCUUCAAAUUUGUUGGCACACGAGGCUGCAUUUGCAUUGGGUCAAAUGCAAGAUGUGGAAGCCGUCCCUGCUCUGGCGUCGGUUUUAAAUGAUCUUUCUUUGCAUCCCAUUGUUCGCCACGAGGCCGCAGAAGCUCUUGGUGCAAUUGGUUCAGAUAGUAAUGUUCCUCUACUGAAGAAUAGUUUGGAUUUAGAUCCAGCUCAGGAGGUUCGAGAAACAUGCGAAUUGGCUCUUCACCGUAUUGAGCAUUUGAAAGAUUCUGGCUGUAGUUAUGAAUUGUCUGUAAUUGAUGCAUCACCUUUUAAGUCUGUCGAUCCUGCAGCUCCAGCUGCCUCAUGUUCUUCUGUGGAUCAAUUGAGGAAAGUACUUCUGGAUGAAGAAAAAGGGAUGUAUGAACGGUAUGCAGCUCUUUUUGCCCUUCGAAAUGAUGGUGGAAAUGAAGCUGUUGCUGCUAUAAUUGAUUCCUUGGGUUCAAAAAGUGCUCUCCUUCGCCAUGAGGUUGCUUAUGUUUUGGGCCAAUUACAAGACAAAGCUGCUUCGGCUGCACUAUCCAAUAUACUUAAGGAUGGGAAUGAGCAUCCCAUGGUUAGACAUGAAGCUGCCGAAGCUCUUGGUUCAAUUGCAGAUGACCGAAGUGUAGCCCUUCUUGAGGAAUUUGUGGCUGAUCCGGAGCCUCUUGUCUCACAAAGCUGUCAAGUUGCUCUGAGUAUGCUAGAAUUUGAACGAUCAGGGAAAUCAUUUGAGUUCCUCUUCAUGCGCUCGCCACUUGUUGAAUAAGUUUUUCAAGUUGGCGUAUUUCGUCAUGCCGAUACUUGAAGAAUAGGUUGAUGCAUGAGACCAAUGAAAAAAGGAGACUCAAAAUUUGUAGGAUUUCUGACAGAGGAGUGAUGCUUUUUUAUAAAGUUAAAAAUUUUCAAAGUAUAAUUGUUGAAAAUAGGAAACGUCUAGUCUUAUAUAAACAUAUCCACUAUAGUAGGGUUUUGAAUGUGGUUCUAUCACUUGUAAGAUAUCUAUUGCUGUUGGCAUGUAACCAUGGUCAAGAUUCUGUGCUCUUUCCAAGGUAUGGUGAUACUGAGGUUGCAAACCAGUUAAGGUUGAAAGGAUAUGUUUCCCAAGAGUCAUUUUCACGGGGAGGCAAGGACUGAGUUUAUCUUUCUUAUUUGCCAAUGAUAUCUUUUCUAUGUUCAUAUUCAA